AUGUGUGAAGUUAUUGUAUUAUUUAAUGGUCACUCUACGAAAUUGGACGAUGAAACAAUGAAAGCAAAUUGUUCUUGUACAUUAAUAAAGGCAUCAAAGAAUAUUAUCGUUGAUACUAUGACAGCUUGGGACCGAGAAAAAAUAAUACAAGCACUUAUUAAACAUACUAUUACACCCGAAAAGAUUGAUUAUGUCGUAUGUACUCAUAGUCAUGCCGAUCAUAUAGGAAAUAAUAAUCUUUUUGUAAAUGCAGAACAUAUAAUUGGAACCUGUGUUCACCGUGGUGAAUUAUUUUUCAAUAAAAAUUUAAAAGAUGGAUAUCAAAUUUGUCCAGAAGUUAAAGUUAUAGCAACCCCUGGUCAUACACCAGAUGAUGUUACAGUUUUAGUUGAAACUAUAGUUUCUGGGAAAUCAACAUGUUUUGCUAUUACAGGAGAUUUAUUUGAAAAAGAAGAAGACAUAUUAGAUCCAACAAUUUGGCAAAAAUUAGGAACUACAGAAUUACAGAAAACUCAAUCACGCAUGAGAUCUCAUGUAAUAGACAUAGCAAAUUUCAUAAUACCUGGACAUGGGCCCAUAUUUACCGUCACUGAUGACAUGAGGAAAACUAUUAAAAAUCAAAUAAUUUCUCUAUAAAUGUUUGCCGACCAAACCUGGCAAGGCGACGCGUGUGUGCAAUGGUAGUGGUCCCGGACUAACUUCUCCCAUCACAGUUCCCAGCUGCCCCACAAAGUAUUAAAUACAUCAAGAACCUAUCUUUAGAUUCUUACACAUUAUUUAAUAUACCAAAUAAAAUUGUUAUUAAUUUUGCACUAAAAUUAUUAUUCGUGUGUAAAAAUUGUUCAUAAAAAUUAUUAUGGCAAAAUUAGUACAGGAUUAAGUCAAUAUCUAAAAUACUGAGUCUAUUUUUAUGCAAGUACCAUAAUUAGAAUAAAUAGAUUAUUAAAUAAGGAGAAGGUUUAUUGUUUUAUUAAUGAUGUCUUUUUAUAAUUUAGAAUUAAGCAAAUAAUUUUUGUAAAAUUUAAUAUGUCUAACAUAUUUAAUGUAAUUUUUUACCUUCUCCCUAUUAUUUAUUCUUUGUAUAAUACUUACAUUCAAUCUUUUGUUGUCAAUGUCUUUUGUUAUCCGAAAUAUUGGAUAAUACUUUCCAAAGAAAAUAAAUAUCAGGAAAAUAUAAUCAACAUUUAUAGAAACUAUAGUACAACAAUAAUAUGUAAUAUUUGACACCAACAUUGCAUACGCACAUACCUAUGUCAUACUUUCCUCACUAAAUACUAUCUGAGAUGUUGAUUACAAUGUAUCAGAAAGCAUAUAUAUAUGUUUUGUACCAUUUGAAGAAAUUAAAAUUUAUCUGGUAACAAAAUUAGAGAAUGUUAGAAAUUAAACAUACUGAAUUAGAAUCUAUAUGAAAUAAUAUAUUAAUGUUAAAUACUAUAAAUAUUUCUGCCAUAUUCGACAAGAAAGAAAAUAUUACUAAAAAUGUAUACAACUUAAUAAAUCAUAUUAGAUUUACUCUUAUAAAUGUGUUCUGUUUGGAGAGCUCCUUACAUGUGUCUGUGGAGAAACCAAAUAUAAAUAAGCAAUAA